UUAAUACUGAUCUUGAUAGUACUAAUGGCUCUCAUACUAGAGAUAAUUCACUUUCUUCAACCAACCAUCAAAGACCAGUAUUAAGAGUACAAAUUCCAACGGAUGCUAAAAGUAAUAAUAAUGAUUCGGCCAAAACCAUUACCGCAAUUGAAAGUAAUAUUGAUCCCAGAAAUAAGAAAUAUAAUCCAACAAAUAACUCGAAUAAUAAAAAUAAAAUGAAACCUGACAUUGACCAAAACUCAAAUUCUGAUUCUCAACCAAAUUCUUCUUCAAGUAUUAAUCAAAAUAAUUCAAAUAAUUCAAAUAAUUCAAAUAGUAUUGGUGGUAACGUUCCAACCAUAAAUACUCCCAAAUAUUCAAGUUUUAAUACUUUUAGAAGUCCCGAUUCAAGAAAACCAAUCACUCAAUUACCUUUACCAAUUCAUAAUAAAUCCAGAACCUCAAGUCCUUCAAGUGCUACUGCUCCUCCAUUACCAAUAAGUGGAGGAAUGACUUCUUUUUUCAAUUCUUUACCCCAGCCCUCUCCUUCAACUCAAUAUGGUCCUUCCGGUUCAAUGUUACCCACCCCAGUACUAAAUCAAGUUUUCAAUCAACAAUAUAAUCAAUCCCAUCAUAAUAAUGAUCAAGACGGUCAUCAACAACAAAACUCAAAAUUAAGACCUCCCUAUUACAAUGGGGUCAUCAACCCUGAUCAACAACAAAAUCAAAAUCAAAAUCAAAACCAAAAUCAAAAUCAACAAAAUCAACAACAACAUCAACAACAUCAACAAACCCCAGGCCCGGUCAGUGGCCCAGUGUCCGGUUUACCCUCUCGUUAUGUGAACGAUAUGUUUCCUUCCCCUUCAAACUUCUAUGCUCCUCAAGAAUGGCCCAGUGGAGUUGGAAUGACUCCAAUUCACGCUAAUGUCCCCCAAUACUUUAUGAACAUGCUACCUUCGGCUGGUCCAGUCCCCCCAAAUGGCGCAAGACUACAGCAAGUGCCUGAACAAGCCCAGCAAUCACAACAAAAUCAACAAAACCAAAACAUACCGCCUAAUCAACAAGGUAUGGGUUCUCCUUUACAAUACAUGGGGCCCUUUAACACUUCAAUGGGUGGCCAAGGUAAUAACUACAACAACUCCAACAACCCCAAUACGAAUGGCAAUGAUAAACGGUUCAAUAAGUAAUCUGAAAUAGAAUAAGAACACUUGAAGUUAAAAAAAUCGAAAAAAAAAACAAAAAAAAAAGAAUAUAUAUAUAUAUAUUUACAUAAUACACCUUUACAAGGUACUAGUUAGAGUAUUUGUAUAAUUACGCUUGAGUAUAAAGACAUUCAAUUCAAUCGCC